UAAUCUGUACUUAACAGCUUUUACAACACUCUGAGAGGCAAAGGCUACGCGUACCCAGUAACCACACAAUGGGACAGUCACUAUAGAAGUAAACAUGGGGGGAACUAAAUACUUAUUCAGUCUCCAUAUUUCAUGGAUCUUAUUUCAAAAUGUCUUAUCUCUGCCUACAUCAAGAGUUUUGGAAUACGACGUGGAAGGUGGAAGGAAGCAUGACAUCUUUGAGAUUAAUGAAGAGGCUGGGUUAAACCUGGUGGAGGGUGAUAUUGUGCUUGAUCAUAAACAAGGCCGCAAUUCUAUAAUAGGGGAUCAAUACCGCUGGCCUAAGACCAUCCCCUACUAUUUUGAGGACGACUUGGAAAUCAACGCCAAAGGUGUCAUCCUGAAGGCUUUUGAACAGUACCGCCUCAAGACCUGUAUCGACUUCAAGCCUUGGAAUGGAGAGCGGAAUUACAUUUCAGUUUUCAAAGGGAACGGCUGUUUCUCCUCUGUGGGUAACCGGCAUGUGGGGAAACAACCCUUGUCCAUCGGGACCAACUGUGACCGCAUUGCGACCAUUGAACAUGAGUUCCUCCAUGCGCUGGGCUUCUGGCAUGAACAGUCACGGUCGGAUCGUGAUGACUAUGUCACCAUCAUGUGGGACAGGAUCUCUGAGGGCAAGGAAAACAACUUCAACAUGUACAAUGACACCACAUCCAGUUCCCUGGGUGUUCCCUAUGACUACGGUUCUGUGAUGCACUACAGUAAGACUGCAUUCAGGAAUGGAACCGAGCCCACCAUCGUCACCAAGAUCUCUGCCUUCGCCAAUGUCAUUGGGCAGCGCAUGGAGUUCAGUGACAAUGACCUGCUCAAGCUCGGGCGCCUCUACAGCUGCACACGCUCCUCCACUUUCCUGGACAGCUGUGACUUUGAGAGGGAAAACAUCUGUGGUAUGAUCCAGGGGCCGGAAGACCAGGCCGACUGGACCAGGGUGACCCAGGCUGCCGGGGGACCCGACACAGACUACUCCAACAUGGGCAAAUGCAAAGGCGCGGGCUACUUCAUGCACUUCAGUACUGCCACAGGCAAACCAGGGGACACGGCCCGACUGGAGAGCAGACUGCUCUACCCCAAGACCAACAGAGGAUACCAGUGUCUGCAGUUCUUCUUCUACAACAGUGGAGGCGCCAAUGAUCGGCUGGUGAUCCAGGUCCGAGAGUAUGAUGAAGAGCAUCCAAAUGGGACUCUGCGUGUUAUUCAGGAUGUACAUGCCCCAACAGAAAACGUCUGGGAGCUGUACCACGUGAGCCUGAACGUGGCAAAGAAGUUCCGGGUGGUGUUUGAGGGCAUCAAGGGCGACGUGCCCUCCGAAGGUGGCUUCUCUCUGGACGACAUCAAUCUCUCCGAGACCACCUGCCCUGAUCACGUGUGGCGUGUGAAAAACUUCAGCGACCUCAUGGACAACACUCCUAAUGACACAGCCAUCUACAGCCCCCCGUUCAAGUCCAGAGAGGGCUACACCUUUCAGAUGGGGCUGUACCCCAGUGGAAAAGAGGGUUACCCGCAGGAGCUUUCUGCCUUCGCCCACCUGGUGACUAUCAACGGUGACACAGAGGGGCGGGCGUGGCCGUGCCCAUGGAAACAGAUCACCAUGACGCUGUUGGACCAGAACCCGGACAUCAUGAGGCGCAUGAACAAUCAGCGCAGCGUCACAACCGACCCUACCAAGAAAGUCAAUGAGACUUCAGAGGUGUUCUUCUGGGACGACCCCCGUAAGGUGGGCGUUGAGGUUUCCCAGGCGGAUGGGACCAAAUAUUUCCGCGGGCCAGGUGCCGGGACGCCCACGUACCUCAGCCAUGGUAGGGCCAAGAGCAGGGACUUCAUCAAGGGCGGAGAUGCCAUCUUCCUGCUCACCAUGGAAGAUGUGGCCCAUCUAACAGUGACCCAGCCCAUACCCCCUUCGACUGUGCCACCCGUUCCCACAGCUACCACCACCAUGCUGCCACCUGACACCUGCAGUAACAUCAUAUGUGAGAAUGCUGGAGUCUGUUUGGUGGACGAUGGAACAGCUGUGUGCAGAUGUGCCGUUGGAGAGGACUGGUGGUACUAUGGAGAGUACUGUCAGCAUCGGGGCUCCGCCCAGGACACAAUGACCACAGCGCUGAUAGCCUCUUUCUCGGUGCUGGGAGCCAUGUUGGUGGUAACCGCGGUCAGUGUGGUGUGUGUUAAGAGGAAGUAUAAGAAGAUUGCCGCUGGAGGAGACCUGGGCGUCACUAUGUCAAACAUCAGGACAGAGAUGUAGCGCUGCGUCGCAUUCAGAACAUGAAGGACAGAUGGUUAGACAGAUACAUAACGCUACAAGGUGGACCUGCACUGCUGCUACAUUAGUGUAACUGUCGUGUCAUUUUCAUCAUAGCAGUCUGUUAAUUUAAAAUGCAGAUAAUAAUAUUAUUCAGUUGCUGUCAUGGAAUGUUUUAGCGAUUGUUUUAACCCUAAUAACAGUCUGUGUGGUAAGAAAUGCACAUGGUGCUAAUAUUGAACAAUAUCGCCCUCUCCUGGUCAUAAAGUUCACAUACACUUGUGUGUAUAUAGACAAACCAGCCACAUCAGUGCAAGAAUAAAGAGAUGAUGUCCUACAAUGAGUAA